AUGCCAGAUUACCGCUUGAGACCCGAGGCAGAGUUUGCCGACCUCAUCGAGGAUAUGCGCGACUUCUGGACGUGGGUCGGCACCUCGCUCCCGCAGCUUCCAGGGAUUGAGGUCGAUGUGAACAACCUCGCCAUCGUUGGGGAAAGCGCAGGCGGCACCCUGACGGCGCAGACUGCGCUGCUGGGGAUGAUCAACCCCAUCAGGGUGAUCCUGAUGCAAUACCCGGCACUGGACAUCGAGGGCCACCUCAAGUGGCUGGAAUCCCUCCCGGAAGACCAGAAAGUCAGCGAGGCAGUGCUCGACCAGCACCUGGCGGGUAGCAUUUCAGGCCAUAUCUUCACCCGCGUGCCCAAUGGGUGGAGGAUGAACCUCGCCUUCAGCAUGAUGCACAACGGACGUUUCGCGGAUAUGGCUAAACAGCCGUACCUGGACCCAAUGAAGAGCCUCGAGUCAGCGCCGAAGAUGCCCCCGGUUUUCUUGUUCCACGGGCGGCAAGACACGUUAGUCAAGGUCGAAGGAUCGGAGACCUGGGCUAAGAAACUGAGGGAAUUACAACCAGACGUCCCGCUGCACUUCGUCAUCAGAGACGGAGAGCAUUCCCUCGACGAGGACGAUAGGCUGACGACGCCAUGGUUGCAGGAACCGAUUGAGUUUGUUGAGCGGUUUUGGCCACAUCGUGAUGGGGAUAUCUAG